GCAGUCAGCUGCUUCUUAUUGGGACGCUGAUGUGCAACCAGUGAGCUGAUGUGCAAGACAAGAUUCCAGCACAACCACAGGAAGAUUUUUUUGCCCGGACUCACAGAUAGCUGUGAGAAGGACCUGAGAAGGACCCCACGCCUGGCACCAGAGACCUUCCAAUCCUCAUGGCCUCUGGAGUAUUGAGGAGGAGACACUUCAUCCAGGAAGUCACUGAGUAUCUGCAGGACUCAGCAAGCAGAAGAGACCUGCAGCUCCUGUUGGCCAAAGAUGACGCCUGGAAGGUGUUGGUGGCAGAGGCUGGAUUGUCCAGGGAUGAGGAAGCUGCACUGUGUAAGCUGCUCCUAGGGCUCCCAGCCCUGGGGGACAAAGAGCGGCUUCAACGAGAGCUGCAGGACAGGAAGAGGUUUCUGGAAGCUUUUCCUGAGUUGAAAAGGAAGCUGGAGGGAAACAUCAGGAAGCUCCGAGCUCUGGCUGACCACCUUGACCAGGUGCACAGAGCCUGUACCAUCUCCAACCUGGUGACCAACUCCACCAGCACUGCCUCUGGAGUCCUGGGCAUCCUGGGUAUAGCUCUGGCUCCUGUGACAGCAGGCGGCAGUCUGCUGCUCUCAGCCACUGGGCUGGGGCUGGGGGCAGUGGCUACUGUGACUGGUGCCGCCACUGUAGUUGUGGAGGAAUCAAGCAAGUGGGCAGAUGAGGCUGAAGCCAGGCGCCUGAUGUCAGACACCAUGGACGUUAUGAAGACGCUUCUUGUCCUGGGAGAGAUUGCAUUCAAACUUUCUAAAAGCUCCUAUGGUGUCUGCAAAAAUUUGAAAACUUUAGGACAAAGCAUUCAUGCCAUUAGGGCAGCCAGAACCAACCCUAACUUAGUGGCAAAUGCCAAGCUCCUUAUGAUGACUAGAAGAAUCCCUGCCCAACGAGCUAACCAGAUGCAGAAUGUCUUUGAGGGCACUGCUCUGACAAUGACUAAAAAAGGCAGAAUCAGAGGUGCCGCUGUUGCGGGUGCCUUCCUUGCACUGGAUGUGUAUUGCCUUGUAAGGGACUCAAUGCAUUUAUAUGAUGGAGCAAAAUCAGAGUUGGCUGAAGAUCUGCGGGCCCUGGCUCAGGAGCUGGAGGAGAAGUUGAGAGAGAUUGACCAGAUCCACAAGACCCUCUAGGUGCCUGUGACAGCCUCCCCCAGCUACA